UUGUAAAAAGUUGUGUUUUGUUGGUAUAAAAUGGCUGACACUGGUCUACGUAUGAAUUUCGCCGCACUAAAGAGGGCAGAUCCAUACGCGAGAGAGAUAAUUGAUAGCGCUACCCACGUCGCACUUUAUACUUUCGAGGAGAACGAAUGGGAGAAAACGAACAUCGAGGGUGCUUUGUUUGUGUACAGUAGAAAUGGGGAACCGUAUCACAGUUUGGUGAUUAUGAACAGGUUGAAUACGAAUAAUCUAAUCGAACCUGUGUCGAAAGGAAUAGAGUUACAGUUGAAAGAGCCGUUCCUGUUGUAUCGGAACGCGAAGUCGAGAAUCUACGGCAUAUGGUUUUACGACAAAGACGAAUGCGUUCGAGUAGCCACGAAGUUAAAUUCGCUUCUCAAAGAGUCGUUUAAGCAAGCACCAGUAGAGAACAUGGCUCAAAAUCCCGUAUACAGCUCAUCUACGCCUGCUAAUGCCCAAGUGGACAUAUUUAGCAUGUUGAGUAAGGCGCAAGAUGACUUCAAUUCAAAUAAGGGUCUCGUGGCUAAUAAGGCGGAAUUGACGCCUUCGCGAGCGCCGGACAUGACGUCGCAGAGUGUUAUGGAUUUCUUCGCCAAGGCUGGAAGCGGCGCGGCGGCGCAGAUGCCGGCGGUAAGCACGUUGCCGUCGCCCGGCAUUUUCGGGCCUCGGCCCACGGACCGCGACGCCCCGCUCCUCCUGCAAAGACUCAUGAGUAACCCUGCACACUCUGUAGAACAUAUAGAGAAGCAGCAGCGCUCCGUCACGCCUCAAGACGCCCACAACGCCAACGGCAAUGUGUCAAUAGAUACUAUUCGGCAAAAUAGCGCAUUUCCUAUGAAAUCUACCCCCAUUGACAAACAGUGUCAGCAAAGGAUAUCUGGAAUGAAGAAGGGAUUGGAUGCAGAGACAAAUGGACCUAACCCCUUGGAGAGUGAGCUGAAUCUAAUGCAUAUAUCAUCACCCAAGCCCACCUCACCAUUGGCUACAUUUUUGAAUCAAUCUCAGGACAUCGGUCAUUCGCAGAAGCCAGCGUUGAUGCCUCCGACGAUGUUCACCGCAACCAGUGGGGGGGAUGUCCACCAGGCUCCAGAGCCACUCACUAGGAACCAGCUGCUACAGGCAUUCAAUUACUUACUUAAACAUGAUGCUGACUUUGUUAACAAACUCCAUGAGGCCUAUGUGAAAUCCUUUUCAGAAAAGGCAUUCUCCGUGUCAUAAAAUUCAUUCUUUUGGGACGUGCAACCGAGUUGUCGGUAGCUAUCAAUGUACAGUUGUAAUUCAAAGUAUAAAUCCACUAAAAUG